AUGAGUGAUUCUUCUAUACAAGACGAUGUUGGGGGGAAUCAUCUGAAGAGCAUCUGGGAUGAUCCCCAUGUCGAAAAACUACCAACAGAAGAUGAUGGACAACGUCAGUGGAAGUGUUUGUGGUGUAGCCUCACUUUCAAUCAAUGGAAUGGAACAAAAGCGGUUUAUCAUUUGAAUCAAGUGAAGGGCUAUAGCAUCAAGCCCUGUGCCUCCAACGCCAUUGAUGACGAUAGCAAACGUCGUUAUAGCGAACUUAUGAAAAUACUGGAGGCAAAAAGGAAACGAAUCAGCAAUAAACGCGUAGCCAACAUGAUUCAAUACCAACCAAGUUCAGAUAGCUCUAAUGAGAGUUGCGAGGAGUCGGUCGCAACCCCUACUGAAAUGGUCAAGGUCGGAAGUGUGUGGGAAGAUGACAAAAUCAUGAAGUGGUCCGAUCAGAAGGGACAGAAAUUCUGGAGGUGCCUCUGGUGCGAUCAACGUUUCUCUCAAUGGAAUGCUACUAAGACGAUUCAUCACUUGAAUAGACGGAAGGGAUGCGAUAUCAAGCCUUGUUCAGCUGAGAACAUGGAUGAAGAGCACAAGAUUCGUUAUGCGAGCUUGAUGGUCUCUCUUGAAGCUAAGCGACGAAAGAAGACCAAAAAGCUGCAGUGUAAUGUCGAACAAGAUGACUCUGAUGAAUAUACCACAUCGGCUGCUCCCUUGCCACCUCUAUCGACAUCCAUCACUCCGUCUUCCUCCCCUCGUCCUCGUUACACUUCAGGAGAAAGCGGUCAAUACUGCACUCCUAUCACUUCCAGUAGUUCCAAGAAGAUCCAAAAGAAAAAGCGCUCUAGAAAGGAUAUGGAAUCUGAGCCCACUCCACCUUCAGGAAGAGUCAUCAGUCUUCCAACCUCCGCUGAAAGUACUGCUGACGAAGACGAAGGUGACAACACCCAAGAAAUGCCAUCCGAUCUGGAUACCAAACCAGUGGUCUCUCCCCCCUCCAUCGGCCCUUUGAACAGUAUCUGGGAUGACAACUAUGUCAUUCGAACCAGACGGCCGACUGGGGAGAAGUGCUGGAAGUGCCUGUGGUGCAACCGAGUCUUUAGUCAACACAAUGCUACCAAGGCAAUCUAUCACGUAAAUCAAUAUCGAGGGAACGAUAUUCAACCCUGCACCUCCAAGGAUAUUGACGAGGAACGAAAGAAGCAGUAUAAGGGCUUGAUGGAAGCCUUGAAGAACAAACGAAAGAAGCAAAAGCUUCAACGGAAGGGAAAAGACAUCUUUUCCAGCUUUGUAGAGAAAAUUAUUGAACAGCACGAAGAAGAGGUGGCAAACAAGCUUGUCAACUUCAUUGAGCAAUAG